UCUAUUUCAGCUCUUUGUCUCUCUCAAGUCUCAACUUAUUAAAAGCUUACCCUUCAACUUAAAAAAAAAAAAAAAAAAAAAAGUCUCAAACUUAUUAAUCUGCUCCGCCACUAGAUCAACGCCCAUUUAGUUCCAUCACAAAUUCUGAAUUUCUGAAUCCAAUAUGGAGGCAAUCCUGGUAUUUUUCUUUGCAUCGUGUUUGUUCCUACCAUCGAUUCAUGCCAAGGAUGUCAAAUACUGUGAUAAGAAGGGUAAUUAUGUAGUUAAGGUUGAUGGCGUUGAUAUCGCGCCUGAUCCGGUGGAGACUGGCAAACCAGCCACCUUCACCAUCUCAGCUUCUGCUGGUAAACCCAUAUCUGGAGGGAAAUUGGCUCUUCAGGUUUCUUAUUUUGGGGUGCGUGUCCAUACUGAAACUCAUAAUCUUUGUGAGGAGACUUCCUGUCCCAUAUCAGGUGGCAAAUUUGUGCUCUCUCAUACCCAAACUUUACCAGGAUUUACCCCACCAGGCUCCUACACUCUAAAGAUGACGAUGGAGGAUGAACACAAGCGUCAGUUAACUUGCAUUAGCUUCAAUUUCAACAUUGGAAUCGGAGCAUCUGUGUCGUCUUUUUGAAGGCCUCGGAAGAGGUGAGAAUGCACGGUAAUGUUUGUUGGCUUGUAAGAAAGACGACGAUGACCCGCCCUUGCAAUGUCAAGAUCUUGCAACAACUUUAGCCUGCCUGGAUGGAGGCUGUUCAACUAUGUUAUUUUCUAGUAAUAUAUGAUAAAUCUGGAUGCAGACCGAUUGUGCAUAUGUAAGCUCUAUAGUCUGUCAAUGGAACUCGUGAUAAUGAAUUGUGGUCUUUGUGUACUGUUUUCACAUCAUUAUUCAUUCAGUGUGAAUUUGCUUGAUAACGGUAUUAGGUUUUUACUUUUCAAAA